AUGGACCUGGCCGCGAGAAGGUUGACUAAGCUGCAAACGAUGGGGACCUCGCCUUUUGACGAUGAGUUGGAGGAGAUCCUCAAAGAGCCCGUCAUGGAGAAAUGUGUGAAAGAAAUUGAGCGAAUCCAGAAGGACCCCAUGAAUCGAGAGGUCUUCAGGCCGCACCGGGAGCCCCGGUGCGGCCUCGUCGGCACGAAGAAGUGCACUGUGUCUUACGUUGGCACCGACAACACUGAGCCAUACUGCUGCCCCCCGGUGUGCCUGGAACCUGAUGCGAUCAAGGGCUAUGAGAAGCUGCAGUCAAUUUUCUUGUGCAAGCUGAGAGCCGCGGCAAUGUCACUUAUGGAGCUGAGUGCCGUGGUGCCAGCGUUGGCCGGGAGUGUGGCCAGAGGAUUGCCCAGCAGAUGGCUUCGCAAAGAGGACAAGGAAAGCAGAGACAGCAGACACAACCUUUGCCUUAAUCGCUUGUGCGCAGAGUUGGCCGCAAAAGACUUGGACGUCCGCCAAAAGGCCGCCGAGUCAUUGGCGCAAUUGUCAAAGGGUGAUUCUUUCGCUGUGGUGUUGGCUGACAACUUGCAGCCUGUGAUGCAUCACGGCUUGAAGCCUGCCCAACCUGGACCAGUGAAGUUGCCCGUCCUUGCGGCCUUGCGCUCCAUUGCCGAGAAGGGCCACGCCGUCUCGGUGGCUCUGCAUUCGAACUCAUUGCUACCAUGUUUGGAAGAUCAGGACAUCCUUGUCCAAAGAAAAGUCUCUGCGUUGUACCGGGUCCUGGCAGAAGAAGGUGCUGCUGGCAUGAUAGCACCAGAUGUCAAGAGCAUCAUGCACUGCUUCGAGGCAACUCAGGCAAAUGGUGUUCCUCUGGCAGCACCUUUGGAUGCGCUAAGUGCCAUUGCUAUUGCGGGAGAGGGCCUAGCGGUUGCCAGUGUCAUUGAUCCACUGCUGAGAAGCUUGAAGGAUGAUCGGCCCAAGAUUCGCAAGAGCGCUUGCGCAACGCUGGGUGCCAUAGCGAGUGGCGGCGCCAAGGAGCUGCUGGGGUCUCUAGGCCUCUGCGCCGAGGCCGAGGGUCGAGGAUGUCGAGCCUCUCUGUUUGAGAUGUUGGUCUGCACAGCUCUUGACGACAGAGAUGACGCCGUACGUUUGGAGGCUGCUGACGCACUAAGAUGCUUGCCAGAAGCUGAUCCAGACACUUGCGAUGAGACGCGUCAACGAUUUCCUCAGCUGGUCAGGCGUUUGCGGGCUGAACGGUAUAGAGACUGUCGAAGAGGAAAGAAAGGAGAAGCAUUCAAAAUCAUCUCUGAAUCUAUGGGUAUGGCGGAUGAGUUUGGGUUUUCAGGUCCAACGACAUCACUUGAAGGGCUAUGUGCUAUUUGCCAAGAGCAGUUUCAUACAGACGGAUGGUGCCCAGACUCGGAUCAACCGCUCACUCUGCUCUGUGGCCACACUUUCCAUCACAAAUGCUGUCGUCAAUGGUUUGAGUGGCAAGACAGAUGCGACCGUAAACCAAGCUGCCCAGUCUGUAGAGCAACAGGUCAUCCAGAUCUGUUCGCGCGAAAAAAGUGA